AUGCCUCCAGCUACUCGGCCGGAGGCUCGCCGCCAACUCCGUUUUCCCCAAGACACCAUCUGUGUCCAUAGCUCAAUCCACCCUACGAUGGACCCCCAACCGGUCCAUGAAUAUCAGCUCCUGGAGCAUGCUGACAUGGGCAAUCCGGACUCUGACAGCUCCGGCUCUGACGAGCUCCUACAGCCACCGUACAUCGUCCGGUCGGGCCCAAUGAUCCCCGAGAACUUCGAACCUCAAGUCGCCCCGGCCGCCAACGUCGCAUCCUCACCUCCCCCAACUCACUCUGCCUUCAGCUCCUGGGCAAGCGUCACACCUACUCGUCCUCGCGGCGCCAGUCUCGGCGCCUCAGCUUUGGACAAAGUGGCUUCACCAAGCGUCGAAGUCCCGCCGGGCGUUGAGCGGGAUCUUCGAUUGCAACGCCCCUCGGGCCCCGCCAGGACCCCGUCAAACACAUAUGCACCGCAGCGACGACCUGCUCCGUUUAUCAGCUUCCAAGAAGACCGUCAGCGAUCCUCUUCCGCAAAACGCACGCCACGACGAGAUCCCAAUGCCCAAUACCGAGCACAGGAGAAAGCGUAUGUCCAACGCAUCCGCGAAGAUCCGCAGGGAUGGUACAGCCGCUUCGAAGACAAUCGGCUGAAUGCCAGCGACUCCGAAAUCGAAGAUCCUUCGCCGUCCUCUGAGGUGCCGUUUGAAGAUGAUGCCUACGACCCGGAUAUUCAACUAUUUCUUACGGAUGAUAACCAGCCCACAAUUGAAGAGCUCAAGAACCCGAAGAACCAGGAACGACUGGAGUGGCAUUCUAUGUUGGCUUCCGUCCUCAAGGGUGAUGUUGUCAAACAAGAGAAGCAGCGGUUGCUUGGCUCCACGGAAUCGCACAGGUCGGCGGCACAGAACCAUGCAAUAUGGCUCGGUGUGCGCGCCAAGACAUGUGGUCGGAGUGUCGCUCUGCAGCGGAAACUUAUUGAGGAAGCGAGAUCCAACCUAGGGUCGGUUAUUGAGGAUAUCAUCAAGUUUGAGAUCAAAGGCGAAACGGAGAUUGGCAAAUCACCGAUCAAACAGGUUGAGGAUACCGUGGAGCAGAUUGAAAGAUGUGAGUCUUUGUAUCCGACACAAAAGGAACUUGAGACUGCACAUCCCCGUGUCGCAUCGGAUGAGUACUGCUCUAGUCGCGAUGCCAUUUUCGCUUGGCACAACACCACCGUUCUUAUCAACACCGAGCUUGCCAUUUUGCAAAAAUGGGUUGGCAAUGAUGAGCUUGAUUUCGCCAAACCCGGAGUCAAGCUCACUAGGAGCGAUCUCUCCGACGAAGCUUCUUUUCUUGAUCGUAUCAUGAAAGAGGACGGGCUCAAGACACUUCAGGGAGAGCACAACAUGCUAAACGGCAUCGGGGCCGUAAUUCAGAAAGCGAAGAGCACAUUGAUCGAAAACGCCAGCGCUUUUGCCAGUCGACAUCUGCCGCCAUAUAUUGAAGAACUGCUUGUCUUGAUUAACUUUUCUUCCCGUCUUAUUCAAGAAAUCAUCCGUGUCCGAUUGUCCUACGCCAAGAACAUGAGAGAUCCGGCACAGCAGUCUCCCAUCCUGGUCGACCAAAUGAUUUCACAAUUCCAGAUCAUGAUGAGAGCUGCUGUCGAUAUCAAGCAACGGUAUCUUGAUAUCGCUCGACCAGAACCAGGCUGGGAUUUGCCUCCGUGCAUUGACGAAAGCUUCGAUUCGGUUGUACUGGACGCCAUGAGGUACUACUUCCGACUAUUGAACUGGAAACUGCAGGCGAAUAAAAACACCUUCAAGGAGGCCGAAAUCCUGGAACAGGAAUGGGGUUUCUGUAACGAAGUUGGCCGUCAGCUCGAGGGUGGCGAUAUUGAAGUGGCAGAGCAGUUUAGUGUGUUGACCGCCAGAGCUAUCCACCGCUUGCUUAUUCAUUUCGAGCGAGAACUGCAUAUCCGAGAAGAUGAGGAUCCGGUUGAGUUAGAUAAGCGGUUCAAGGGCGUUCUCGAUUCUACUCGAAUUCGUCAACGAAAGCUUUAUCGAUUCUCUCGAUUUCUGCGCCAACUGUUCGAGAAUGCCUCGGAAUACAAUCUUCCAGCUGAUAUCUCCUGGGACUUCUUCGAGGCGUUGUUUGUGUCCGACCACUUCCUCAUCAAGUCCAACGCUUCGGUUGGCCAGAAGGGCGUCUACCUCUUCGCUCACCGUGCGCUGUGGAACUGUCCUGAUGAGAUUGCCGCGAUUCUGGGAACCUCAUUCCGUGAGGAAGAACCCGGGAAGGACCCGUCACAGGUGCACUAUGUCCUGGCUGUUCGCCCGGAAAAGCCAUUGUCAUGGGCUGGUAAGGAGAUGCAGGUUGAACUUGUUGAGCAACCGACCGACGUGCGAUUGGGAAAGCUUCGCCUUAUUGUUGAGGGGUCCCAACAGCGCCUCUCAAAUGCGAGGAUCGAAUUGGCUCAAGCCACCGGGAUUCAACUCGAUAUGGCUAUUGAGCAGCGCGCAAAUCUCAGUCGGGUAAAUGCCGAGCUCAACAGGAUCAAAAAGAUCUCGUUCAAGCUGUCCAUGACCAUUAUGGACAGUGUCGCCAUCAUCAGAAACCAGCUAAAGGAGAAAGGUGUGGACAACACUGAGCUUAUUCAAGCCUGCUAUGCCUUCGCCACAGAGUUCGGUAAACGGUCAUCGAAUGUUGACCCUAACCGGCGGGCAAUGAACAGUGCAAGAUUGGCAGAACUUUCGCUUGAAUGGGUUGCCUUCGUCUGCGACGACUGUGAUGCCGCUGACCGAAAGACCUUCAAGUGGGCAGUAGCUGCCCUAGAAUUCGCCAUGGCCAUAACGUCCAGCAGGCAUCUUCUCUCAAUGGACGACGGACAGUUUGCGCGUCUGCGACAAAAGGUAGCAGGGUGCAUGUCCCUCCUUAUCUCGCACUUUGACAUUAUGGGUGCGCGAUCUUCGCGGGCCGCCCAGGCGGAGAAGCAGCGCUUGGAGGAGCGCUCGGGUUCUUGGAAGAUCGGUGCUGGACGCAUCUUGACUGAUGAUGAGGCGGCAAGGCUGGUACGCGAGCAGCGUAUCGCUCAGUUGGCUAGCAUCGAGGAAAUCAGAGUCGAGGCGGAUGCUAAACGCCAAGCCCUAGGUAGGGUUUUGGAGGGCUCGAACGAGGCUGACAGGUCUCUUGCGGUCCUGUCCUCAUCAGCGACGAAUGUCACCCUCCGCUGGCAACAGGGUCAAUACAUCGGAGGUGGCACAUUCGGUUCCGUCUACGCUGCCAUCAACCUGGACAGUAACUACCUUAUGGCAGUUAAAGAAAUCCGGUUACAGGAUCCUCAGCUUAUUCCCAAGAUUGCUCAGCAGAUCCGCGAUGAGAUGGGUGUUCUGGAAGUCUUGGAUCACCCCAACAUUGUCUCGUACCAUGGCAUUGAGGUUCAUCGCGACAAGGUCUACAUCUUCAUGGAGUACUGCUCCGGUGGCUCUCUUGCGAGCUUGCUAGAGCACGGCCGUGUUGAGGACGAGACAGUGAUUAUGGUCUAUGCUCUCCAGCUCCUGGAAGGUCUAGCCUAUCUUCACCAGUCCAGCAUCAUCCACCGAGACAUCAAACCCGAGAACAUCCUCCUCGACCACAACGGCAUCAUCAAGUACGUCGAUUUCGGCGCAGCCAAGAUCAUCGCCCGCCAGGGCAAAACACUCCUACCUACAGAGGCCCUCAACGGCGGCGGCGGACACAAGGAACCCAUGAUGCCGAAGGACACCCAAAUUGCACCGAACCGGGGCAAGAACCAGAAGACCAUGACCGGAACACCAAUGUACAUGUCCCCCGAAGUCAUCCGCGGCGACACAGGCAAGCUCGUCCACCGCCAGGGCGCCGUCGAUAUCUGGUCCCUGGGCUGUGUCAUCCUGGAAAUGGCCACGGGUCGUCGACCCUGGUCCAGCCUCGACAACGAGUGGGCCAUCAUGUACAACAUCGCGCAGGGCAACCAGCCCCAGCUCCCCUCUCGCGAUCAGCUCAGCGAUCUAGGUAUCGACUUCCUCCGUCGGUGCUUCGAGUGCGAUCCGCUCAAGCGCCCGACUGCCGCUGAAUUGCUCCAGCAUGAGUGGAUUGUUUCCAUUCGGCAACAAGUUGUCCUUGAUGCGCCUACACCGACUAGUGACCAUAGUGGCAGUAUGAGCAGUUCCUCGGGGAGUCGGCAUGGCUCGGCCUACAUGUAA